CGUCUCGGAAAUAUCUGCGAUGAUAUCGACGUUUCUACGAUAUCCGUUUUUACGCUUAAUUAUGGUUUCUCGUCGAGUAAGGAAAAGGAAAUGCAAGAUUUCCUCAAACGGUUUAAGGCAAGGAAACUCUCACAAGCACAAAUUCGUCAAUUAUUCGCACGAUCGAUUGCAUGAGCAUCCAUACCAAACGCGUUCGAAAAGUCUUCGUGAAAUAAAAAUAGACCUGAUUGAAUCUCUUAUCCCAUCGAGACGGCCAUCCGACAGCAGUGUUGUAUAUCUAGGCUUGUUUCAUAAAAAUCCGCAGAUUAUAACGUUAGAGGAUAGCAGCGAAAGCUUCCCCGAGAAAGUUAUUCAACCAGAAGUAUGGGUCAAUACCAAAAGAGAGACAUAAAGUUGUUUGAAGUAACAUAUAUAUAUAUUUAUACAUAUAUUAGCUACAAAAAUUCCAACUAAAUCUUUUUUGACAUAUCUCUUUGAAUAAAAAAUAUAAUGAC